UAAGAAAAAACAAAAAAGGAAAGGUGAUCAAGAAAUUCCAGGAGAAUGAGAUUAGAUCCGCGUAAAAGAUUGUGUUACUGCGUUUAGUCUACGGUCAGCAAAUUCCACCUCCACGCCCCGGCUCCACCAUUAUAUAAAUCUGCCAAUCUUCAAUCUUUGUUCAUUAUCAUUUUCACCUAACAUCCUACUCAGUUGGAAACCCAGAUCUUUUAUCAUCUUGGGUCCUCUUCUUUUUAUCAGGAUUCCAAUUCCCAGGUCUGCUUCCCCUCUUGAUGCUUAGUGUAGUUGCUAUUCUAAAGGGUGUUGUUUAUUUUGUUUAUUUUCUAAUUCCAUCUUUGUUUUUUGGGAGAUCUUCAUACGAAAAGGGGAACUGGAAUUUUGUGUUUUAAUUUUGAAUUAGCCAAGUCGAAAGUGAUAAUAUGGGUUUUACUCUGGAAUUAUUUUUCUUGUCUGCCUUCCUAUCUACUGGCUGAUAGCUUGAGUGUUAAAUCAUGUUAUGCUUUUUUAUGUGCUUCGCUAUCGGUCUUCGUGAUCUGCAUGAUCUUGGUGGCAAAUCAGGUGUUGGCCUGAUGACUAUAGUCUUAAUUUUUUCCUUUGAUGGAUGAGCUUGAGAGGUCUCGUGUCAAUAAUGAGAAGAAAGCUAACUGCUUCUUGAUCCUUGGCUCCACAACUAGCUUUAAGAUUCUUAACUUUUCUUCUCUUAUCCUCUCUUGCACAGCUGCACAUGCAUAUAUAUGAGAAUGUCAUGGAGUUGUUCCAUUUGAUCUAAAUGAAGAAAUAAAAUAGCAUCCUUCAAAUCCUUCAAAUCUAUACAAAAGCUUCCUGUAGGAGGCUACCUGUAGUGUUACACGGAUAGGUACUUUCCCUGUAAAUGCCAAUGGGGCAGGGGCUCAAGGCAAGGGAAAAAUAUGGCUGCACCAUCAAAACCAACAAGAAUAGGCCUUGCAGGUCUGGCUGUCAUGGGCCAGAAUCUGGCCCUCAAUAUUGCAGAGAAAGGCUUCCCUAUUUCUGUUUAUAAUCGAACCACCUCCAAAGUAGAUGAGACUGUUGAAAGAGCCAAAAAAGAGGGUGAUCUUCCUUUAUAUGGCUUCCAUGACCCUGAAUCUUUUGUUCAGUCAAUCCAAAAGCCUCGGGUGAUACUUAUGCUUGUUAAGGCUGGGGCACCUGUUGACCAGACCAUAAAGACCCUCUCUGCCUACAUGGAGAAAGGUGAUUGUAUCAUUGAUGGUGGGAAUGAGUGGUAUGAGAAUACUGAGAGGAGAGAAAAGGCCAUGGCUGAAAUGGGCUUGCUCUAUCUCGGAAUGGGAGUUUCAGGUGGUGAAGAGGGUGCCCGGAAUGGACCCUCUUUGAUGCCUGGAGGUUCCUUUGAGGCCUACAAGUACGUUGAAGACAUUCUUCUUAAAGUGGCAGCUCAAGUUUCUGAUAGUGGUCCCUGUGUGACAUAUGUUGGCAAAGGUGGUUCUGGUAAUUUUGUCAAGAUGGUGCAUAAUGGAAUUGAAUAUGGUGAUAUGCAGCUGAUUGCAGAGGCUUAUGAUGUACUAAAAUCAGUUGGAAAGUUGUCUAAUGAGGAACUGCAAAAUGUUUUCUCAGAAUGGAACAAGGGUGAGCUUCUGAGCUUCUUGAUUGAGAUCACUGCAGAUAUAUUUGGAAUUAAAGAUGACAAGGGGGAUGGAUAUUUAGUUGACAAGGUUUUGGACAAAACUGGUAUGAAGGGUACAGGUAAAUGGACUGUACAGCAAGCUGCUGAGCUCUCAGUUGCAGCUCCCACAAUUGCAUCUUCUUUGGAUGCGAGAUUCCUCAGUGGUUUGAAGGAGGAGCGAGUUGAAGCUGCUAAAGUCUUUAAAGCAGGUGGCUUCGGAGAUGUUUUGACUGAUCAAGCGGUGGACAAGCAGAAGUUGAUUGAUGAUGUGAGGCAAGCUCUCUAUGCUUCCAAGAUUUGUAGUUAUGCACAAGGGAUGAAUCUUAUCCGUGCAAAGAGUACUGAGAAAGGAUGGGACUUGAAGUUGGGAGAACUGGCUAGGAUCUGGAAAGGAGGCUGCAUCAUACGAGCUGUAUUUUUAGACAGAAUCAAGAAGGCCUAUGAUAGGAACCUUGAUCUGGCUAACCUUCUUGUCGAUCCAGAGUUUGCAAAGGAAAUCAUUGAGCGACAAUCUGCAUGGCGGAGGGUUAUAUGUCUUGCUAUCAAUUCUGGUAUUAGCACUCCUGGCAUGUCUUCUAGUCUUGCUUAUUUCGACACUUACCGAAGGGAAAGGUUGCCAGCUAAUUUGGUCCAAGCUCAGCGAGAUUAUUUUGGUGCACAUACAUAUGAAAGGGUUGAUAUUGAAGGAUCUUUCCAUACUGAAUGGUUCAAGAUUGCCAGACAGUUGAAUUAAUGUGUCCUUUCUUGGUAUCUAGCUUAAUCAAAGCAGUUGAUUAGCACAAUAAUUUCUGCUCUGGACUUUAUGCUGGGUAGAAGUUGGAUCAUAUGUGGUCCAACUCUAUCUCAAUUAAAUUCAUUGAAUCCAAUUUCUAAUUGGACUUUGUCCUUCCUUUUAUGUUGUCUUAUGAUUUGGCAAUUCUGCUUCUUUUACUUUGAGAUGAGAUUUGCAAUGGUGAAGUAGGCACUUUUUAUCGA